AUGGCGGCGUACUACGCGGAUCUAGACCGGCAGAUCGAACAGUUAUGCGAGUGCAAGCCGUUGUCGGAGGUCGAGGUGAAGCAACUAUGCGAGAAAGCGCGCGAGGUGUUUCUGGAGGAGUCGAACGUGCAGCCCGUGCGGUGCCCGGUCACCGUGUGCGGCGACAUCCACGGCCAGUUUUACGACCUCAUCGAGCUCUUCCGUAUCGGCGGCCGAGCGCCGGAUACUAACUACCUCUUCAUGGGCGAUUAUGUCGACCGCGGGUACUACUCGGUGGAGACGGUGACGCUGCUCGUGGCGCUGAAGGUGCGCUACCGCGACCGCAUCACCAUCCUGCGCGGCAACCACGAGAGCAGGCAGAUCACGCAAGUGUACGGCUUCUACGACGAGUGUCUGCGCAAGUACGGCAACGCCAACGUGUGGAAGGCCUUCACCGACCUCUUCGACUACCUCCCGCUCACCGCGCUCGUCGAAAGCGAGAUCUUCUGUCUGCACGGAGGACUGUCGCCGUCGCUCGACACCCUGGACCACAUUAGAGCGCUUGACCGCUGCCAGGAGGUGCCCCACGAGGGCCCCAUGUGCGACCUGCUGUGGUCGGACCCGGACGACCGGUGCGGGUGGGGCAUCUCGCCGCGCGGCGCGGGGUACACGUUCGGGCAGGACAUCAGCGAGCAGUUCAACCAGAACAACGGCCUCAACCUCGUGGCGCGCGCCCACCAGCUCGUCAUGGAGGGCUACAACUGGGCGCAGGUCAGCUGCGCGGGGAGAGGGGAGGGAUGGGGACGGGAGGGGGAGGGGUGGGGAUGGGGAGUGGGGGGAGGAGGGGAAGGGAGGGUGAGGGGUGGGUGGGCGGGGAGGAAAAAGGAUCUGGACGGGGUUGGAAUGGGUGGGUGGGUUGACCAGGCAGGCAUUCACUGGGGGAUUGCUGCUCGCCUGUUUCCCCCACCUACACACACUCCCCCGUACCCAUUUCAUCCUGUCUCCCCUCCGGCAUCCAUCGAACCUCAACAGUCUUUCCUGGCAACCCUGUCUUUCCUGUUGAAUGCUUCCACCAAUUCACUCCUCCCCAGUACCCGCCCGUGCUCCCAUACAUGCAAAGCCAUCCCAUCCCUAGCUGUAGAGUCUCCCAAACUUCGCCCGAAACACGUCCCCUCCUGCCCCCCUCCCAGUCGCUCUCAGCUCCAACCCAUGUCACCCACUCCCCCUCUCAAUCCCCGCUCUCCUUCCCUCCUCAUCCCCGUCGUUUCCCCCUCCCGUCCUCCCCCUGUCGUUCCACCCCGUCAUGCCCCGGUCCCUCCUUGCUGUGCCCGUCCCUCCCCGCUGUGGUUCCAUCUCCCCAUUCCCCCCCCCCCCACCUGCACCCCCCCGCAGGACAAGAACGUGGUGACGAUCUUCAGUGCGCCCAACUACUGCUACCGCUGUGGCAACAUGGCGGCCAUCAUGGAGGUGGACGAGGCCAUGGACCGCUCCUUCCUGCAGUUCGAACCCGCGCCCCGCCAGGGCGAACCCGACGUUGCCCGCAAGACCCCCGACUACUUCCUUUAA